AUGGCAGACAAAGCGCUGGAGGAUGCGGGUGGUGUUGCGGCGCUGAUGGAGCGUAUCGCAGCACUCGUGGAUUCCGUGCAGGCCGCGCAGAGCCGCAUGGAGACGCGUCAGAGCGACCUGGAGGCCGCAGUCAAGAACAUCCAGAGUGACAUCACCAAACUGACCAGCGAGCAUGCCAACAGCAGCGCCAUGGUCACACGCCUGCUGGAGAAGACGCGCAAGGUCAGCCGCCACGUGAAGGACGUGCGUGUACGUGUGGAGAGCCAGAACCUUCGCGUGAAGAAGGUGGAGGCUACGCAAGGAGAUCUGCUAACCAAGAGCAAGUUUAGAGUGGUCAUCUACCAGGGCGAGCAGGAGCUGAAGUCGGUGCCCGCGGACAGCAAUCCGGUUGAUGCCGCGGCGGCGGUGGAGCCUGAUCAGUUCCAGCUCCCUCCAGAAUCAGACGAGGAGUACAUGGUGGUGGAGGAGGCGGAGUCCUCCACCGCAGCCCGCGUCAAGCGCACUGGCCUGACCCGCAUCGAGAGCUUCAAACACACCUUCUCCAGAGAGAACCUCAGCAAGACCCGUGAGAACCUGGGAUCAAAGGUCAACAAACUGGGCGAGCGCAUCGUGACCGCAGAGCGCAGGGAGAAGAUCCGACAGUCCGGAGAGCGCCUUAAGGAGAAGCUGGCCAUCAAAAAGGACCGGACGGUGGCGGAGGGCGAGGAGGCUACGACCGAAGCUCCAGUCGCACCCCCCAAAGGCCGCAAAGGGAGCCCUGAGGCCAGCGCGCCCGAGAGGAAGGCCGAGGAGACCGAGGUACCGAUCUACGACAUGAAGCAGCUGUCAUAA